AUGCAGGGCGUCAUCCAGGGAGUGGAAAACGCCACGGUCAUAGAUGCGCGGAGGGACGAUCAGUUGAACGACGAGCUGAUCGGAGAUCUGCGAGUCAGGAACGUCACGAUCGCGACGUGGAACGUGUGCCGGCUGCCGGUUGGCAAGGAUGCUCAGGAGAGGUUCUUCGAGGUGAUCGCCUUCGCGGAGAGCCAGAAGCGGGGUGUGGUUUGUUUGGCUGAUGUUCGUGGUGGUGAACCGGGAGUGUGGGAGUUUGGGGAGGGGGCGGAUCGCGAGGUGCUCAUUUCGACAGCGAGGGCAGCCAUCUUGAUGAACGACUCGUGGGCCAGCGAGUGGGAGAGCAACGGCAGCAAAUACCAGGCGAGCCAGCGGGUGCUCUGGGCCGACUUCCCCAGCUUGCGCCUCGUUGCUGUCUACCACCCCUUGUGGAAGGAUCGCCGGGCGCUCCGCGACGGGGUUCGCCGGGAGCUUGAGGAUGCAGUUCGGGGCUGUCCGCCCGAGUCGUGGUUCCUCGUCGGUGGUGAUUGGAACUCCCAGAUGGGCUUAUCCGAGGAGCCUUCGUCCUGCUUGGGGCGGUAUGCCACGAACGUGCAGAAUCAGGCAGGGGCUGAUCUGGAGCAUUGGGCUGCUGGAAUGGGUUUCGCUUUUGUUGAUUAUCAUUUCUCUAUGCGCCACAGGGGCACGUGGAGGCAUGGCAAGGACCGCACAUGGCAUGAGAUAGAUGGCUUUUUCACGAAGGCCAUCCGAUCUGUCCAUGUGGAUUGCUCGGCGCGCAUUGGGGACCACUUGCCGAAGGUUCUGCGCGUUCACCGUGUGUUCGGCCAUGCCGGCGCGGAACGUCCUAGGGCUCGCCCUCGGCCAGACCCCCGCAUUGCAUUUGAGAGGCUGCGGGAACCAGAUCUUGCCGCACGCUAUGUGGAGGCGACCAACACUGCGGCGGUCAAUCUGGGGAGCAACCCGACGUGGGAGUCUCUGGCUGGCCAGCUGCAGGAGACGGCUCGCAAUGUUCUUGGCGAGACUCGUCAGUUCGCAGCUCUGUCGUGGAUGGUUGGCCAUCGCGCCGAGGCGUCCCGGCAUAGGGACACGAUCGGCGAGUGGACAACGCGGAGGAGACAAGCAGCUAACGAUUCAGAGCUGCAGUCAGCAUUGCCGGGGCUCCGCCGUGCCCGUGCAGCCUUCAGGCGGGACAAGCGACAGUGGCAGCGAGCAUGGCACGACCAGCUUGCAGACGAGGCAGCUGCUGCCGAGGCCAUGGGCGACGAGAGAGCCGUCAGCGAGGGCCUCAAGCGCGCUGCUGCAACGGGCCGGCGGCAACCCCCGCCCGUGACGGUCGAGCAGCUGACGUCCGUUGCGGCCACGGUCGGGCAGGACAGGUACGAGCGCACAGAG